UUGGCGAUAAGAAAGCUGACAAUGUGCGGACCAGAAGAAGAGAAUAUGACCAACCCGGGGCCAGCUAUGGUCGCUGAUGACGAGGUUGAUACUGACGGCGAUUCAUCGUAUGAGACGGACACAGCAUCGUCGACACAGAGUCUGUCGGCUUCCAUUCUCGACUACCGCCGUGAGAAUGGCAGAACCUAUCACCGAUACAAGGACGGAAAGUAUGCCAUGCCCAAUGACGACAUUGAGAAUGAACGACUAGAUCUGCAGCAUCACUUGUUCCUCUACACGCUGGAGAACAAGCUUGGUCUAGCUCCACCAAACGACGCCGACGCCAAAGUCAAGCGUGUGCUGGAUUUGGGCACCGGCACUGGCAUUUGGGCCCUAGACUAUGCCGAUGAGCAUCCUGAGGCGGAGGUCAUUGGGAUCGACCUGUCGCCUACGCAGCCGGAAUUUGUGCCCCCGAAUGUUCAAUUCAUCGUGGACGACAUUGACGAGGAAUGGAGCUACUCCAAGCCCUUUGACUAUAUUCACAGCAGAAUGAUGAAUAUCAGUGUCGGCAAUUGGAAAGAUUAUCUGCGCCAGAUUUAUGACAACCUCGAGCCUGGGGGUUUUGUAGAGAUUCAAGAAGUCGACAUCGCUAUGAAGUCUGACGAUGAUACCCUAACCCCCAAGAACCAGCUCGCCAUCUGGAACAAGCUCCUCAACUCCGCAUCCGAGAAGAUGGGCCGAGCGAUGGUCACCCACAAGCACAUCAAGGACCUCAUGAUUGAAGUUGGCUUCAUCGACAUUGUCGACACGUAUUUCAAGUGGCCGUCCAACCCUUGGCCGAAGGAUAAGAAGCACAAGCUUCUGGGUCAGUGGAAUAAUAUCAACACGGGGUAUGCACUUGAAGGUGCCGCUAUGGCGCCGCUGACAAGGAUUCAUGGGUGGAGUCGGGAAGAGGUUACUGUCCUCGUCGCUGGUGCGAGGGCGGAGCUGAACAACCCGGCUAUUCAUGCCUAUUGGCCAAUUGUUUCUAUCUAUGCACAGAGACCGAGUGAGACGAGUGAAUGA